AAUAAACCAGCGUUAUUAACGAGUGAGAAGCUUCCCAAGGCUUGAAAUGGGGAAUGCUCCCGCCACCCCAAGCAAGUACUGCUGGCCCAUCCAUGUCAGCCCGCUGAGCAGAAGUGAAAUCUUACCUUGGGAUCACAUUUACACUUGGUCAGGCACAUACCAACGUCAUGGUAUUUAUAUUGGGGAGGAGCUAGUAAUACAUUUUCAAAAUUCGUUAGAAGGCACGAUUCUUGCAAGUUCUACUCACCCAUUCUGCCCAUGCUCUGUUUGCGGUUACCCCGGCGGAAUGAGUGGAGUUGUGCUCACUUGCUUGGAUUGCUUUGUGGGCAAAGGAGAUAUUUAUCGACAUGAAUAUGGUGUAAAACCUGGCUUGUCCAGGUCUGCGACUUGUGAUCCCCCAGAAAUUGUAAUACGUCGUGCACGGGACCUGCUUAAAGACUUGUUUGGAACUUACAAUCUCUUCCGGAGCAACUGUGAGCACUUCGCUAUCUUUUGUAAGACUGGUCGGUAUAUGCCAGCUUCUCAAGGUGGGCAAGUAGAUUGGGCCUUGGAUUUACUCACUCCACAAAGCUCUUUUCAAAGCUUCUAAUGUGAUGCUUGUCAUGUUAUAUCCAUGCUUCUUUUCA